GAGAGAGAGAGAAAGAGAGAGAGAGAGAGAGAGGAGGGAUGGAGGGAGGGAGGGAGGAGGAGGGAAAAGAGAAUGUUGUAUAGAUAAGAGCGCUGAAGAAGUGUGAAGAUCAAUCAACACUCUGAGUCUAUUCUACUUCACACCCGACCAAAGCAGAAAAGCAUAAAGAAAGAGAGAGACCGGUCGUAAUUGAUAGAAAAAAAAAAAAACAAAAUUGUUAAAAAGCUCGUCUUGUUCUUCAAUGGCGUUCUUCUCUUACCAGUAGUACUGAAAGCCACCACGAAUAUGGAUCUCGAUCUCGAAUUCCCUGUCCUCUUACCUGAAGAUCAGCCCGAAUGUAUCUCCGAGCUUUUCGCUUCAGAAUCAGAGCAUAUGCCCUUACAAAACUACUUUGAAAGAUAUAAAACCAGAGACCUGCGACUUUCAACUCGUCAAGAGUCCAUCUCUCUCAUCCUCAAGGCUCAGUCUCUGUGCAAUUUGGAUCCUUUUGUACCAUAUCUUGCCAUCAGCUACCUUGAUCGAUUCAUGUCCAGGCAGGAGAUGCCGAAAGGAAAAGCGUGGAUAUCAAAGCUCAUUUCUCUAUCUUGUCUCUCUCUUGCUGCUAAGAUGAAAAAUGUUGCAUUCUGCUUAUCAGAUUUUCAGAGCGAAGAAAGAUUCAUGUUCGAUACCCAGACUAUCAAACGGAUGGAACUCUUAAUACUCAGGAUUCUUGACUGGCGUUUGCGCUCUGUAACCCCCUUCUCUUUCAUUAACUUCUUCCUUUCUUCUAUCAAGCUUGAAGAUCGGCCAUCCAUAGAGGCGCUCAAGAAUCGGACGGUGGAGAUCAUCAUUAAAACUCAACAAGAGAUUAAUCUCUUGGAGUUUAAGCCGUCGAUUAUUGCAGCAGCUGCUUUGCUGUGUGCUUCACAAGAACCCCUGCUUCCCCUCCUAAAGAAAGCAAUCUCAGCUUGCGAAUAUGUAAAUAAAGAGAAGCUGGCUAGGUGCUACCAUCUCAUCAACAACACUCUUAUCACUUCCUAUUCUUCUCCUCUGCCUACUACUACAAGUAGCAGGCUGACGCCUGCAUGCGUACUGGAUCAGCAACACUGCUGCAGCAGCAAUUGCAGUAGCUCAGAGAUCACCACCACCUCUGCGAGCCACAAUAUUGCAGAUAACAUUUCUCUUCAUCAACUGCUGUACCCUCAGCCUGCUCCUCCUCAGAAAAGGCGAAAGCUAAACGACUUAUGCACCCAAAACAUUCAGCUUUCUCAGGCCCAACACUGCUAAUACCAGAAGAGGCCACGACAAAUUCCUGAUUCUCUCCCUCACUAGUAAUUUAUUGUCUUCUUUCUCACCCUACAUCUCUGGUUGUCUUUCUAUCUUUUCCUCCCUUUCUCGCUCUAGGUGGCACCGUAGUGCUGCCCCAAACAUUCGGUCAAAAGGAAAAGGUAACAAAGUGAGGAGAAAAACCAUGUUUUCGUUGAACCGAGAGCAUGAGGCCGCAGCAGUAGCGACAAUGGAGAAGGUCGUAGGAAUAAAAUAAAGGCGAAAAAACAACAGGCCAGAAGGGAAGAGGGUGCUGAUUUGGGUCUCCUUCCUGUCUGAAAAGACUGUAGUACGCCUGGGCCUGGACUUUCUCCCGAACGCGCUGGAAAGUGAAAAACUUGCUGUUUUUUUUAUCUUUUCUUUUUCCUGAGAAGUAUCUAUGCACUUGUUGUGUAUGGUCUAUGUACACCUGAGAUCUUUAGAAAUGACUGGAUGAACUAGAGGUGUACUCUGUGCCAUACACCGCUUAGGUAUAUAUUGUAAAAGUAAUUACUUUUCUUCCUCGA